ACGACACCCAGAUUUUGAAACGUUCUGCGACUGCUCUGUAGCUCUCAGAUCGGUGACUUGAGUGAGAAAAUGGGGAACUCUUCGAAGGACGACUCGGCCAGCGACGGCGACACCUCGAGCGGCGACACUCCUCCGUCCAAAUCGAGCCUCUACUCCGAGGGCGAGAAGGUCCUCGCUUACCACGGCCCUCGUCUCUACGAAGCCAAGGUCCAAAAGGCUGAGCUUAGGAAGAAGGAAUGGAGAUACUUUGUUCACUACCUUGGUUGGAACAAAAAGUGAGGAAACAGAAAUCAUUACAAUGGCUUCGACAUCUUUCCAACAGUUGGGACGAAUGGGUAGGUGUGGACCGUCUGAUGAAACAUACUGAAGAGAAUGUCGUGAAACAGCAGGCUCUUGACAAAAAACAGGGUGUAGACAAAAAUGUAAAGUCAGGACGUUCAGCUCAGACAAAACCAAAAAGCUCUACAGAUGCGAAAGUCGAGAAAGAAGACCUCAAGAAUAAUGUGUCAAAAGGGAAGAAGCGAAAGAGUGAAUCAGGCGUUGAGAAGGACAAUGUAUCUCUGGAAAAGCUUGUCAAGAUUCAAAUUCCAUCUACUCUAAGGAAGCAACUGGUUGAUGAUUGGGAGUUUGUUACCCAGCAGGACAAGCUUGUUAAACUUCCUCGUUCACCAACUGUUGAUGACAUUUUGACGAAGUACCUUGAGUACAGGGCAAAGAAGGAUGGCAUGAUGACUGAUUCAAUAGGAGAGAUCUUGAAAGGAAUCAGGUGUUAUUUCGACAAAGCACUUCCAGUGAUGCUCUUAUACAAGAAGGAGCGCAAACAAUAUCAUGAAGCAGUCGUGGAUAAUGUCUCUCCAUCAACUGUUUAUGGUGCUGAACAUCUACUGCGCCUCUUUGUUAAGCUGCCUGAGCUUUUGGCAUUUGUAAAUAUUGAAGAGGAAACGCUGACCCGCUUGCAACAGAAAGUGCUUGAUUUUCUCAAGUUUUUGCAGAAAAAUCAAAGUACUUUCUUCCUUUCUGCUUAUGAUGGCUCCAAAGUUUCCGAAGGAAAAGGCAAGGGAAAAGAUGACUGAGCAUCUGCAGAAAAUUCACCUUUGCUCUGCUGCCACAAUCCGAUGGAGAAUGGAACGGCAGAGAUUCUUACCCUGUUGGCGUGUUGACUUCUGGCUUAACAAUCCAGGAAAAUGGAACAUCCAAUUGUUGUUGUAACAGUAGUACUUGUAGCUCAUUCUUUAUCUGAAGUGACAUUCUUGGGGGACUUUGUAGCACCCUGAAGAGUGCUACCUAUUGUAAGUUCUGAUAAUUUAUUGUUAUGGUGUGAUUAGCAUUUGUAGAAACUAGAAACCAAAAACUUUUGUGGUAUUAGUUGAGUUUUAAUGGUUGUAUUUUA